UCCUCCGGUGGAAGCAGAGAAGGGGAGCGUGCAGUGAGCGAGCGGAGUUCUGUGCUCUGUCCCUGAUCCUUCGCUGUGGCCAUGGCCGAAACUCAGCCCGCGAGCGGCGGCCUUACUGACGAAGCCGCAUACGGUUGUUGCUCCGACGCAGACCCCAGCACCAAGGAUUUUUUGUUGCAGCAGACUAUGCUACGAAUUAAGGAUCCUAAGAAAUCACUGGAUUUUUAUACUAGAGUUCUUGGAAUGACGCUGCUCCAAAAAUUCGAUUUUCCAAGUGCGAAAUUUUCACUCUAUUUCUUGGCUUAUGAGGAUAAAAAUGAUAUCCCCAAAGACAAAAAUGAAAACAUAGCAUGGGUAUUCUCCAGGAAAGCUACACUUGAGUUGACACACAACUGGGGCACUGAGGACGACGACGGCCAGAGUUACCACAACGGUAAUUCGGACCCUCGGGGAUUCGGUCAUAUUGGAAUUGCUGUUCCUGAUGUAUAUGAUGCUUGUAAAAGAUUUGAAGAACUGGGAGUCAAAUUCGUGAAGAAACCCGAUGAUGGUAAAAUGAAAGGCCUGGCAUUUAUUCAAGAUCCUGAUGGCUACUGGAUUGAAAUUUUGAGUCCUAACAACAUGAGCCUUUGAGAUGUCAGUGAGGAUGAAGAGAAUGGAGUAAUGUGACUCGAAGUACUCAACGGAAACACCAAGGACUGCUGGAUCUGUGUCCUGAUUCAAAUCAUUUUUACCUUUCUGCUGGCUUUUUGUUGUUUUGAUUUUUUGCCUGUUUUUUCAUUCUAGUUUCAAAGUAGUGCUUUACUUUAUGACCUUGAAUAUAGUUGUGUAACUUUACUUUUUAGGUAAUAACUAGAGCAGUUCCCUUCAGGGGCUGCUCUGGCUGCCUUUUAGCUCCUAAAUAUUCCCUCUCUUCAAGUCUUCCUUUGAAUCAUCAUUUCUUUAAAAAAUUAACAUUUUUGUGGUGGCUAUCUUCUGGGGUUUCAGUUCCUCAGAAAUAGCUUUUCAGGACGGAAAGUAAGGAAUAUGGAACAAAAAUGAAACUUUACAUGUACUUCAAACAGUAGAAAGUGUUUAUUUUAUAAAAGAGAAGGCACUCUUGAGAACCGUUCAGAAUAUGCUGACAAGGAUACUGGUAGAAAACUAAUUUCUAUUUAUAAAAUACUUUUAAUGUUCAAGGUGUAAUUUGAUUUAUUUGGGAAUGAGGAGGAGGAAGAGUGGUAGAAUAUCUGCUGGACACUGGGACACCAGACAAGGCUGCAGUAUACUGUUUCUCAUUUAGCUCUUCCACUGUCCCAUGGAAAAGAAAGCAGGCUAGACAUGUAACUGUAGUGAACGGAAGGCAGUACAGAUACUCAGGAUAUCAUCACGGUUGUAGUAUUUAGAUUAGACCUCAAAACUAAGCCUUACUGCACCUCCUGCUCUAGUUUCCUGUUGGAAAACCCUGCAGCGAGUUUGUACCUGGUGCUCUUGGACCUGGCUACCAUGUGAGGGAAGAAAUGUAGACGUCUUAACACAAGACUGCUCGAGGGACACCCACCUGUUCCAAGUGAUGCUUACAUUACUUAGAGGAAUCUUCUUUACUCCAGGUCUCCAUGAUGCCGGGAGUCCUAGUCACUGAUAUCAUCAUGUAGUUACUAUAAAUUAGCCCAGUCCACUUGCCUGUUAGAAGUGACAUUCAGUGGGUUUCAAAAAAGCAAAGCGA